AUGCCACCAUCAAACAAAGCAGCCUGGCUCCAGAAGCCCAAAGCCCGCCUGACCGUCUCGUCCGCGCCAUACACCCAGCCCGGUCCAAACGAGAUUGUAAUCCGUUCCCGCGCCAUCGCGGUGAACCUCUGCGACUGGGCAAAACAGGACCUGGGCGACAUGAUAUUCCCUUGGGUCAAGUACCCUUUCGUGCUGGGCGAGGAUGUUGCAGGCGAGGUCGUCGAGGUCGGUUCCUCCGUGAGCGCCUUCCAGAUCGGGGACCGCGUACUGGGCCACGCGUUCGGGGCAGACAACAAGAGCGCCGGGGCCAGUGAGGGCGCCUUCCAGGAAUACGUCGUCCUCCAGGCCCGCUUGGUUGCGCGGAUACCGGAUGCAGUAACGUUCGAGCGCGCCUGUGUGCUGCCGGUCUGCCUGAGUACUGCCGCCAGCGGGAUCCACUGUGAGAAGUAUAUGGGGCUGAGCUUGCCUUCCAUUCAAAAUUACUCUCCAAAGGAAGGGAAGAAGGCUGGCAAAGUCCUUGUCGUUUGGGGGGCGAGCACCGCCGUCGGGAUGAAUUGUGUACAGCUCGGCGUUGCGGCUGGGUACACCGUCAUUGCUACCGCCGGCAAGCACAACUUCGACUAUGUCCGCUCACUUGGAGCGCACGAGGUAUUCGACUACCGCAGUGCGGGUUGCGUUGGGGACAUCAUCAAGGCCACCCAGAAAAUUGGGACAGGAUGUGCCGGGGCCGUUGCCAUCGGAGCCUGGUCGAUCAUACCAUGCAUAGAUAUCGUCUCAGCCUGCUGUAAGGGCACCGACAAGAAGUAUGUCGCGCAAAUGUCCCUGAUUGGGCCGGGUCCACCGCAGCCAGGAGCAUUGAAUCUGAUGUCGUGGUUGGCCCAGGUAAGCUGGGCGUGGGCCACAACCCUGGUGAAGAAAAGUUUGAAGGGAGUCAAGGUCGAGUUUGUCUGGGGAUCUGACCUGUACAACGAUGGUGUUGCAGAGGCAGUGUACGGUGACUUUUUGCCUAGUGCUCUCGCACAGGGCAGGUUUGUGCCGGCGCCGGAGCCACAAAUUGUCGGGCAUGGGCUGGACAAGGUCCAGGAGGCGUUCGAGGUGGGCAAGAAGGGUGUGUCGGCGAAGAAGAUUGUGGUGACUGUUUGA